AUGACAAUUAAAAUUACAGCAAGUAAACCAGGACCCCCUCACUCUGAAGCAGAGGAACCAUCAGAACCAGUAUCAGUGCCAACUUCACAAGCACCACCAGCAACAGAAGGAGAUAAACGCUCUUCAGGGACUGUGUUUAGCUGGUUACCUCAAGGCAUAGAGAAAGUGUUACCUCAGCCAACUAGAAGCCAGACGACAGGAAAAGAGGGCAUAUCAACAGAAGGAUCAUCUGACACUAGCAUGCCAGAGUUAACAAAGGCCAAAUCCGAGGAAGUAAAGAAAGAGACAAAACCAGAAAUCAAAGUGGAGUUAACAUCAGCAGUGCAAGAUCUCCCUCCAGCCCCUGCCACUGACCCUGGUAGUGGCAGCCACACAAGUGUCCACAGCAAGCCUCUAUCUCCUGCACCUCCAUUGUCACCAGGUAAAAGUGUCAGUGUGAUUGAGUGGUUGAAGUAUGGCUUAGAGAAAGUGGUUCCACACCCUGGAGACAUGCCACAACAGGCCACGGAAGAAGGUAGCCCACCUCAACAACAGAAAGAAGAAGGACAAUUAGAAGAACCAGUGACAAAAACAGAUGGCAAAAAAGGCACCACAGCAGAAGAAGAGCCAAAGCCCCAGCUGGAUCUCCUGGCCAAAAGUAGUAGCUCCACACUUGGAGGCAGUGUUUUUGGCUGGUUUGUACAAAACCUGGAGAAGGUGAUUCCGCAUCCUUUAGUGACAAAAACUUGUGAUGGUAUACAGGUUGAAGACACUGAAGCAGAGUGCAUUGUACAAGAAGGAGGGAAGAUGAUCUCAACCCUUGAAACAAAGGGAAAAUGAAGACCUGGACAAUGUAUCCCAGUCAGUCACUACAUAUGAGCUCAGAAGGAAAAAAAGGAAAAGGUCCCUAAUGAAGAGAAGCAAUGACUUUUGAAAAGAACUGCUGAAAAAAGCAUUUUUAUUAGUCCUUCUUUUGUGUGUGAAACGAAUAUAGCCAAGUAACUUGUAGAGCAUUAGAAACAGGACGGUACAGAAUGGUGAGACUGUAUUACAAGUCUUCCCCACUAUCCCACAGUACCUCCAUUGCCAUCUUGGUAUAUCAUUCAAAUCAAGUUUUGAAACUCUAAAUAAAUAAGGAAAACAGAGAAAACCCUUCCAAAAUCUGUUUUAAUUUACCUGAUGCCUGUCAGUUUCCUUUGACCAAAGUUUGUGUAUAUUAUAUAAAAAGAAUCUGCAUUUCUUUUCUUUAUCUUAGAUAUAAAUGUAGCUUUUCAAAAUGUUUCCUAUUUCUUCUUUAUUAUAGACUUUCAUUUAUACCUUUGAUACAUUAUUUUUGCCUCAUCUGUGGUAUUCCCUAUAUCUGUUAUAUUAUAGACUUUCAUUUAUACCUUUGAUACAUUAUUUUUGCCUCAUCUGUGGUAUUCCCUAUAUCUGUUAUAUUAUAGACUUUCAUUUAUACCUUUGAUACAUUAUUUUUGCCUCAUCUGUGGUAUUCCCUAUAUCUGUUAUAUUAUAGACUUUCAUUUAUACCUUUGAUACAUUAUUUUUGCCUCAUCUGUGGUAUUCCCUAUAUCUGUUAUAUUAUAGACUUUCAUUUACACCUUUGAUACAUUAUUUUUGCCUCAUCUGUGGUAUUCCCUAUAUCUGUUAUAUUAUAGACUUUCAUUUACACCUUUGAUACAUUAUUUUUGCCUCAUCUGUGGUAUUCCCUAUAUCUGUUAUAUUAUAGACUUUCAUUUACACCUUUGAUACAUUAUUUUUGCCUCAUCUGUGGUAUUCCCUAUAUCUGUUAUAUUAUAGACUUUCAUUUACACCUUUGAUACAUUAUUUUUGCCUCAUCUGUGGUAUUCCCUAUAUCUGUUAUAUUAUAGACUUUCAUUUAUACCUUUGAUACAUUAUUUUUGCCUCAUCUGUGGUAUUCCCUAUAUCUGUUAUAUUAUAGACUUUCAUUUACACCUUUGAUACAUUAUUUUUGCCUCAUCUGUGGUAUUCCCUAUAUCUGUUAUAUUAUAGACUUUCAUUUACACCUUUGAUACAUUAUUUUUGCCUCAUCUGUGGUAUUCCCUAUAUCUGUUAUAUUAUAGACUUUCAUUUAUACCUUUGAUACAUUAUUUUUGCCUCAUCUGUGGUAUUCCCUAUAUCUGUUAUAUUAUAGACUUUCAUUUACACCUUUGAUACAUUAUUUUUGCCUCAUCUGUGGUAUUCCCUAUAUCUGUUAUAUUAUAGACUUUCAUUUAUACCUUUGAUACAUUAUUUUUGCCUCAUCUGUGGUAUUCCCUAUAUCUGUUAUAUUAUAGACUUUCAUUUACACCUUUGAUACAUUAUUUUUGCCUCAUCUGUGGUAUUCCCUAUAUCUGUUAUAUUAUAGACUUUCAUUUACACCUUUGAUACAUUAUUUUUGCCUCAUCUGUGGUAUUCCCUAUAUCUGUUAUAUUAUAGACUUUCAUUUACACCUUUGAUACAUUAUUUUUGCCUCAUCUGUGGUAUUCCCUAUAUCUGUUAUAUUAUAGACUUUCAUUUACACCUUUGAUACAUUAUUUUUGCCUCAUCUGUGGUAUUCCCUAUAUCUGUUAUAUUAUAGACUUUCAUUUACACCUUUGAUACAUUAUUUUUGCCUCAUCUGUGGUAUUCCCUAUAUCUGUUAUAUUAUAGACUUUCAUUUAUACCUUUGAUACAUUAUUUUUGCCUCAUCUGUGGUAUUCCCUAUAUCUGUUAUAUUAUAGACUUUCAUUUACACCUUUGAUACAUUAUUUUUGCCUCAUCUGUGGUAUUCCCUAUAUCUGUUAUAUUAUAGACUUUCAUUUACACCUUUGAUACAUUAUUUUUGCCUCAUCUGUGGUAUUCCCUAUAUCUGUUAUAUUAUAGACUUUCAUUUACACCUUUGAUACAUUAUUUUGCCUCAUCUGUGGUAUUCCCUAUAUCUGUUAUAUUAUAGACUUUCAUUUACACCUUUGAUACAUUAUUUUUGCCUCAUCUGUGGUAUUCCCUAUAUCUGUUAUAUUAUAGACUUUCAUUUACACCUUUGAUACAUUAUUUUUGCCUCAUCUGUGGUAUUCCCUAUAUCUGUUAUAUUAUAGACUUUCAUUUACACCUUUGAUACAUUAUUUUUGCCUCAUCUGUGGUAUUCCCUAUAUCUGUUAUAUUAUAGACUUUCAUUUACACCUUUGAUACAUUAUUUUUGCCUCAUCUGUGGUAUUCCCUAUAUCUGUUAUAUUAUAGACUUUCAUUUACACCUUUGAUACAUUAUUUUUGCCUCAUCUGUGGUAUUCCCUAUAUCUGUUAUAUUAUAGACUUUCAUUUACACCUUUGAUACAUUAUUUUUGCCUCAUCUGUGGUAUUCCCUAUAUCUGUUAUAUUAUAGACUUUCAUUUACACCUUUGAUACAUUAUUUUUGCCUCAUCUGUGGUAUUCCCUAUAUCUGUUAUAUUAUAGACUUUCAUUUACACCUUUGAUACAUUAUUUUUGCCUCAUCUGUGGUAUUCCCUAUAUCUGUUAUAUUAUAGACUUUCAUUUACACCUUUGAUACAUUAUUUUUGCCUCAUCUGUGGUAUUCCCUAUAUCUGUUAUAUUAUAGACUUUCAUUUACACCUUUGAUACAUUAUUUUUGCCUCAUCUGUGGUAUUCCCUAUAUCUGUUAUAUUAUAGACUUUCAUUUACACCUUUGAUACAUUAUUUUUGCCUCAUCUGUGGUAUUCCCUAUAUCUGUUAUAUUAUAGACUUUCAUUUACACCUUUGAUACAUUAUUUUUGCCUCAUCUGUGGUAUUCCCUAUAUCUGUUAUAUUAUAGACUUUCAUUUACACCUUUGAUACAUUAUUUUUGCCUCAUCUGUGGUAUUCCCUAUAUCUGUUAUAUUAUAGACUUUCAUUUACACCUUUGAUACAUUAUUUUUGCCUCAUCUGUGGUAUUCCCUAUAUCUGUUAUAUUAUAGACUUUCAUUUACACCUUUGAUACAUUAUUUUUGCCUCAUCUGUGGUAUUCCCUAUAUCUGUUAUAUUAUAGACUUUCAUUUACACCUUUGAUACAUUAUUUUUGCCUCAUCUGUGGUAUUCCCUAUAUCUGUUAUAUUAUAGACUUUCAUUUACACCUUUGAUACAUUAUUUUUGCCUCAUCUGUGGUAUUCCCUAUAUCUGUUAUAUUAUAGACUUUCAUUUACACCUUUGAUACAUUAUUUUUGCCUCAUCUGUGGUAUUCCCUAUAUCUGUUAUAUUAUAGACUUUCAUUUACACCUUUGAUACAUUAUUUUUGCCUCAUCUGUGGUAUUCCCUAUAUCUGUUAUAUUAUAGACUUUCAUUUACACCUUUGAUACAUUAUUUUUGCCUCAUCUGUGGUAUUCCCUAUAUCUGUUAUAUUAUAGACUUUCAUUUACACCUUUGAUACAUUAUUUUUGCCUCAUCUGUGGUAUUCCCUAUAUCUGUUAUAUUAUAGACUUUCAUUUACACCUUUGAUACAUUAUUUUUGCCUCAUCUGUGGUAUUCCCUAUAUCUGUUAUAUUAUAGACUUUCAUUUACACCUUUGAUACAUUAUUUUUGCCUCAUCUGUGGUAUUCCCUAUAUCUGUUAUAUUAUAGACUUUCAUUUACACCUUUGAUACAUUAUUUUUGCCUCAUCUGUGGUAUUCCCUAUAUCUGUUAUAUUAUAGACUUUCAUUUACACCUUUGAUACAUUAUUUUUGCCUCAUCUGUGGUAUUCCCUAUAUCUGUUAUAUUAUAGACUUUCAUUUACACCUUUGAUACAUUAUUUUUGCCUCAUCUGUGGUAUUCCCUAUAUCUGUUAUAUUAUAGACUUUCAUUUACACCUUUGAUACAUUAUUUUUGCCUCAUCUGUGGUAUUCCCUAUAUCUGUUAUAUUAUAGACUUUCAUUUACACCUUUGAUACAUUAUUUUUGCCUCAUCUGUGGUAUUCCCUAUAUCUGUUAUAUUAUAGACUUUCAUUUACACCUUUGAUACAUUAUUUUUGCCUCAUCUGUGGUAUUCCCUAUAUCUGUUAUAUUAUAGACUUUCAUUUACACCUUUGAUACAUUAUUUUUGCCUCAUCUGUGGUAUUCCCUAUAUCUGUUAUAUUAUAGACUUUCAUUUACACCUUUGAUACAUUAUUUUUGCCUCAUCUGUGGUAUUCCCUAUAUCUGUUAUAUUAUAGACUUUCAUUUACACCUUUGAUACAUUAUUUUUGCCUCAUCUGUGGUAUUCCCUAUAUCUGUUAUAUUAUAGACUUUCAUUUAUACCUUUGAUACAUUAUUUUUGCCUCAUCUGUGGUAUUCCCUAUAUCUGUUAUAUUAUAGACUUUCAUUUACACCUUUGAUACAUUAUUUUUGCCUCAUCUGUGGUAUUCCCUAUAUCUGUUAUAUUAUAGACUUUCAUUUACACCUUUGAUACAUUAUUUUGCCUCAUCUGUGGUAUUCCCUAUAUCUGUUAUAUUAUAGACUUUCAUUUACACCUUUGAUACAUUAUUUUUGCCUCAUCUGUGGUAUUCCCUAUAUCUGUUAUAUUAUAGACUUUCAUUUACACCUUUGAUACAUUAUUUUUGCCUCAUCUGUGGUAUUCCCUAUAUCUGUUAUAUUAUAGACUUUCAUUUACACCUUUGAUACAUUAUUUUUGCCUCAUCUGUGGUAUUCCCUAUAUCUGUUAUAUUAUAGACUUUCAUUUACACCUUUGAUACAUUAUUUUUGCCUCAUCUGUGGUAUUCCCUAUAUCUGUUAUAUUAUAGACUUUCAUUUACACCUUUGAUACAUUAUUUUUGCCUCAUCUGUGGUAUUCCCUAUAUCUGUUAUAUUAUAGACUUUCAUUUACACCUUUGAUACAUUAUUUUUGCCUCAUCUGUGGUAUUCCCUAUAUCUGUUAUAUUAUAGACUUUCAUUUACACCUUUGAUACAUUAUUUUUGCCUCAUCUGUGGUAUUCCCUAUAUCUGUUAUAUUAUAGACUUUCAUUUACACCUUUGAUACAUUAUUUUUGCCUCAUCUGUGGUAUUCCCUAUAUCUGUUAUAUUAUAGACUUUCAUUUACACCUUUGAUACAUUAUUUUUGCCUCAUCUGUGGUAUUCCCUAUAUCUGUUAUAUUAUAGACUUUCAUUUACACCUUUGAUACAUUAUUUUUGCCUCAUCUGUGGUAUUCCCUAUAUCUGUUAUUACAAUUUAAAUUUCAGGAUGGCAUGCAGAAUUUUGAAUGCUAUACUUUUGCCACAGCUCUCCUUUGAGAUGUGGAAAUUCAUAAGGAAAGCAAGAAGUAACAAUUAGGAACUCAUAUUUUAGGAAGACUAUUGAAAAUAUUUACCUGUACUAUUAAUGACCCGUACCAUCUUUAUGUAAAGCAGAGCAUUGUUAAGCCAUCAGGAUUUUCAUUUUUUUACGGGCAUUUUUUGGAAAGUGGUUUCCCUCUAUAUAUGGUUACUGACCAUUUUAAACAUAUUAAAAGAAAAGGUUGGAUUAGUUUAAACCUGUUUUUUUGGAGGUGGAACUUAGUAGAAUUAAUACAUUAAAAGAUUUUUCCCCCCCUCCCUGCCAACCAUUAACCCCAAAGACAUAUCUGGCCCAUUCAUUCUUCACACAUAUGACAGCUCAUUCAUUCUCAUCCACCCAAAGUAACCCUUCUGAUUUACACUGUUACCAAUCUUUGUGGGGAGGAGUACCCAAGCUUUUCCUCGUGACUUUGCCUGACCUAUAUUACUAUAUCCAUGGCAGGAUAUCCCUCUAGUUUGGACUCUAUGGGAAACACUACCCAGAGCUCCCAUAUGUGUUGCCAAUGUAGUGAACAAAGCCACCUCCCUCUUUCUAGAAUAGAUGAGCCAAAUGCCACUCACUCCCAUCCUCCGUCUCUUCUUCCUCUAGCUCUAGUGCCCAAUAAUCAAAAGCUGGUAAUCCAGGUCAUAGCUAGGGCUCUCAUUUUAUGUGUCACAAGAGAAGGACUUAAAGAGUCCAUCCUUAGGCCACCAAGUAUGGGUUUAACCUCUACUGUGGGAUCUUCAAGACUUAAAGGUUAGUAAGGGUAUCUUGAAAUUCCUUUAAGUUAACACUGAGCUUUGAAGUGUUUUAGGGCCAUUUAUAAGAAGGUGUAUACAUUUAAGAAUUUAUUUAAAAACAGUAUGUUCACCAGUAUGCAAGUAAAUAAAGUUGAAAACACUGCCACCAGUAUAAAUAUUCCACCUAAGUUUGUAUCUCUCCACAACAAAAGACUUUAUGGUAUUUUCAGUCAUUAUAGCUGCAAUUCCUCCUUUGCAAUUUGUGUGAUCAUGCACUCAUGAAGGUUUUAUGUGGGUAAGAGGACUUGGAAACUAAGGCAAUGUGCACAGGAGAAUAUAUAUAUGGCAUUUCCAAGAAUUUAACGUAGAAUACACUGUUAGGGGACACUAUUAAAAGCUCAGAUUUUAAAGCUCAUAUUUGAUGUUUUAGAACAGGUGGAACUGCACCUUUCCACUGGUGACCCAG